GCCUUGCUUUUGUGUAUAAAUCUUCUCAAAUCAAUACCCAGGCUUGCCACACGCUCUUCUAACUAUCUCUCUCUCUCUCUCUUCUUCUUGCGCCAUGGAUCCCUACAAGUUCCGUCCCUCAAGUGCUUACGAUUCACCCUACUGGACUACGAACGCCGGUGCUCCGGUUUACAACAAUGACUCAUCCUUGACCGUUGGACCUAGAGGUCCAAUUCUUCUGGAGGACUAUCAUCUGGUAGAGAAACUUGCCAACUUUGAAAGGGAGCGGAUCCCAGAACGUGUCGUCCAUGCAAGGGGAGCGAGUGCAAAGGGGUUCUUUGAGGUCACCCAUGAUGUUACUCACCUUACCUGCGCCGAUUUCCUGCGAGCCCCCGGAGUUCAGACACCUGUCAUUGUCCGUUUCUCCACUGUUAUCCAUGAGCGUGGUAGCCCUGAAACCAUCAGGGAUCCUCGAGGUUUUGCUACCAAGUUCUACACUAGAGAGGGUAAUUGGGAUCUUGUGGGAAACAAUUUCCCCAUCUUCUUCGUCCGCGAUCCAAUGAAAUUUCCAGAUGUGAUCCAUGCUUUCAAACCCAACCCGAAGACGAAUAUCCAGGAGUAUUGGAGGGUUCUUGACUUUCUCUCCUACCAUCCAGAAAGUCUCAACACCUUCAUGUUCCUGUUCGACGAUGUGGGUGUUCCACAAGAUUACCGUCACAUUGACGGCUCAGGCGUUCAAGCCUAUACUCUGAUCAACAAGGCCGGAAAAGUUAAUUAUGUCAAGUUUCACUGGAGACCCACUUGCGGGGUUAAGAAUUUGUUGGAGGAAGAGGCGAUUAGGGUCGGAGGAACCAAUCACAGCCAUGCCACCAAGGAUCUCUAUGAUUCCAUUGCUGCCGGAAACUUCCCUGAGUGGAAGUUUUACUUCCAGAUCAUGGAUCCAGAGGAUGAGGACAAGUUUGACUUUGACCCACUUGACACGACCAAAAUCUGGCCGGAGGACAUUCUGCCGCUGAUUCCGGUGGGGAGGUUGGUUUUGAACAGGAACAUCGACAACUUCUUUUCAGAGAAUGAGCAACUUGCGUUUAACCCUGCCCAUGUGGUUCCUGGUAUCUACUAUUCCAAUGACAAGAUGCUUCAGGGUCGUGUCUUUGCCUACUCCGAUACUCACCGGCACCGUCUCGGACCAAACUAUCUUCAGCUGCCGGUUAAUGCUCCCAAGUGUGCUCAUCACAACAAUCACCAUGAGGGUUCCAUGAAUUUCAUGCACAGGGAUGAGGAGGUCAAUUACUUCCCCUCGAGGUUUGAUCCUGUUCGUCAUGCUGAGACAUACCCCAUCAACAACCAUAUCCUCCAUGGAAGGCGUGACAGGCUCGUCAUUCCGAAGGAGAACAACUUUAAACAACCAGGAGUGAUGUACAGAUCCUGGGCACCAGACAGGCAAGAUCGAUUUAUCCGCCGAUGGGUUGAUGUUUUAGCCGACUCUCGUGUCACCCACGAGAUCCGCAGCAUCUGGAUCUCAUACCUCACUCAGGCUGACAGAUCUCUGGGUCAGAAGGUAGCAGCUCGUCUUAAUGUGAGGCCAACCAUGUGAAGUGGAUGGUGAUACAAGGUGGAUGUUUUCAGCUGAAGAAAUGGAGUGAGAAAGAGUAAAAUGUGAGAGGUUGCAGGUGGUAUGGAAGGAUAAAUCCCUGCUGAUCCUGUAAUUUAUGUGUAAUAUCUUAUGAGAUAUAUUCUAAACUUUACAUGUUGUGAGACGCUUCAACCUGAUGUUUCAAUGUAAUAAAUGCCGAUUGUAUGUGCAAGUUCUGUAUA